GUUUGGUUUGGUAGGACAGUAGCAGACAUGAGAGUGUCACACAUAGUCCCAACUAUUGAGUCAAAAUACUUGCAACACGUACACUACUUCUGCCCAUCUACUUUACUUUGAAUUCAAACUUUAUUUCAAAAGCUCCACAACCCAACCCAACCCAACCCAACUUCUUUUUCAAUUCUUUUUCUUGUCUUUUCUAUGCCUUCCCUUUUCUCUACCACACCCCCCUCCUUCAGUUUUCCUCUUCUAAACCCUAGAUUAACAAUCUAGGGUUUUUGUGUGUGUUUGUGAUAACAUAGUUUUAGGUUGUUUAAGUUGGUAUAACUUCCCUUUACAUUUGAGCUCUUGUGAACUUAUGUAGUUGGUAAAGUUGGAAUCUUUUUGCUGUUUAACUUCUUUUUUCUUUCCAUGUUUAUGGGGUUUUGUUGAAUCUCUACUUGGGUUGUCUAGAUUCUGUUUCCAUUUAGAAAAACCCCUGCAAAACCCUUUUAUUAUUAUAUUUUUCUUGUGAAAUUUUUGAUGAUUAGGGUUCAUGGGGUUUUCAUUUUCUUGUUCCUUUUCAGUAUUUUCAAAGUAAAUAUUUGAAUUUUUUGUUUUCCUUUUCAGCAUUUGUCUUAGUUAGAGAAAAACCCUUGAAAAACCCUGUUUUCUUUGGCGCUAUCCUUCCUUUAAAUUCUCUGAUAGUAGUUAGUGUUUUAGCUUACAAAGAGGUAAGCUUUAGAGAAUCAAGGAAAAAAAAACUUGAACUUGUGCUAUAUUUAUCUUGCACUUCUCUUAGUAAAUGCAUGGAUGGAAGAGAAGCAAUGGCAUUAGCUGGUGGGUCAGCAACUUAUUACUUUCAUAGAGGAAAUGCGGUUGCUGGCGGCGGUGGUGGUGGAUUUCAUCCCCCACCAGGGUUCAGAUCCUUGCCAAACCCAAAUGUACUAGCUCACCCCAAUGCUAGACCAGAUUUAUCUGGGCCAUCAUAUCCGAUAGAGGCACCGGAUAUGAAUUUUGGUCAUGGCAUGAAUAUAGCUGUGCCACCUGGAGUGCAGGUGAGUGAACCUGUGAAGAAGAAGCGAGGGAGACCCCGGAAAUAUGCCCCAGACGGGCAAGUUUCUCUGGGACUAUCUCCCUUGCCAGUAAAAUCGAAGCCUUCAUCGGAGCAGGAUCCGUCGAGUCCUAAACGGGCAAGGGGUAGGCCGCCUGGAUCUGGGAGGAAGCAGCAGUUGGCACUUCUUGGUGACUGGAUGAAAAAUUCUGCUGGAAUGGCUUUUUCACCGCAUGUGAUCCACAUUGAAGUUGGAGAGGAUAUUGUUGCAAAAAUACUGUCUUUUGCCCAACAAAGGCCAAGAGCACUUUGCAUCUUGUCUGGAACUGGUACAAUUUCUUCAGUUACACUACGUCAGCCAGCAUCUUCAGGGUCCUCACUCACAUUUGAGGGGCGUUUUGAGAUACUAUGCUUGUCUGGUUCCUACUUGGUUUCUGAAGAUGGUGGCCCUAAGGAUCGAAGUGGCGGCGUUAGUGCUUCUCUUUCUAGUCCAGAUGGUCAUGUUGUUGGAGGAGCAAUUGAAAUGCUUAUUGCUGCUGGCCCGGUUCAGGUGGUGGCAUGUAGUUUUGUACACGGUGCUUCUAAAACUAAGGAUAAAUCCAUUGGCCGUCCCAAAGCUAGCAAGGAAUCUGCUACCCUUUCCGGGGAGAAAGAAGUUACCCCAAAACCAACUAUCCCUCAAAAUGAUCCGCAGAAUUUUAGUCCCUCUCCGAUGCAUGCUUGGCCGAUUUCGCGGUCAGUUGACAUGAGAAAUCCGCACAGCGAUAUAGACUUGAUGCGAGGAUGACUGGUGCAACAAACACAUUGCAAAUUCUUGUAUAUAUGUGUUUUUGUUGUAUAUCUACCAUUCUAAGAUAGUUUGGAAUCUCUCUAGUAGUGGCCGAUCAGCUCCGAUGUGUUUGUACUAACGUAGUUUGUAAGAAUCGUCAUUUCUAGUUUAAUGAAAGAUAUUUCUUGUAGUCUGUACCGGAGGACAAAGCAGAUGCAUCGUCGUUUAGGAACAAAAUAUUAUCAUUCUUUGGACCUUGAUUUUUCUUAUUUCCACCAUGUCAGCAACAAUAUAGUAGGAGUACAUUUUCUUAUAACAUGAAUAGUGUCAAUCUCCCACUGUAUUGGUGAAUUUAAUACAAGCAAGUGCUAAAUCUACGGUUAGUUUUGGUGA